CAUGGCUUUGCUUUGGGCCGCGAAUCGGAAAAGGUUUUCGAGACUUUUCAUGCGAGUGCGCGGCCAGCGAGCGGGUCAGUCCACGUCCGCCACUGAUCGCAAGAUGACGCUCCCGGAGCUGCCCCUCAAAUGGAUUCUGAUGGCGAUGCUACUCCUGGGCCUCAGCCUGGCCCGUCCGCAGCAGUUCCUGCUGGCCGAGGAUUUGAUAACGGGCACGGGUUCCGGAACAGGGACAGGAGUAGUUACCGGAACCGGAAAUGCUGUUGAUCAAAUACCCAUUAACGAUCCUUCGGAUCUGAGUGCUGGUUUAAACUUGGCGCCUGUUGGCAGUCUGAUUGCGGCAGCUGCGAAUGCCGUGCCCCCUGCCCCCGUUCAAUUUAUUCGCACGGCCAUGAACAGCGGGCUCUGACCGCCAGGUGGCGCUAACCUGGAUUCUUGCCCACCCCAAAAAUAAUUGUCUCUAAUUUUUAAGCGCCUUUUUAAGCACCACUUUUAAUUACUUUGUUAAGCGAUUUUUUUUGGCGUUUUAUUUUUUUUUUGCUUGUAGGUAAGCGUGUUUUGUUUUUGUUUGUUGUCUUUAUGUGUGUUUGUGUUGAGCUAAGUGCUAUAAAUGACUUUAUGAUA